UCUCUCUCUUCACUCUCUCAUUCACAGAUUAAUUAACAAAGAGAAACCUUUUUCAUUAAGCAAACAUUACUUUUUUCUCUCUCUCUCUCAAAUCUCGCACCCCAUUUAGGUUUCUUCACUCACUCAAAUAAAAAAAUAAAAAACAUUUACUUCUUUUUUUGACUAUUAUUCAUUGUAGCAACAAAAGCUUCGUUUUUUAUGUUUAAGGCUUACCCAUUUGGUACUACAUUUGCAUUGAAGGGUUUUUUCUCUUAGAUUUGUUCAGGUUAUUAAGAUGUUCACUGAAGGACUUGACAAAAAUGCACUUCGAUGGGUUAGAGAGAAGGAAGUUCCAUUCUCAAACACCACAAUGAGAUCUCGUAAUGAUCCUAUUAAUGGAAUGAAAAGUGGCAGCGGAAGAGGUUUUGGGUUACCACCACCGGCAAAAUUCAGAAGUGGGCAUCUUCCUGCCAAUGCAUUUCCUGUGUCGACUGUCAUACCGCCGGCGGAGACAGGUGAUAGUGGUUCGAAUACUGAUAUGGAUGUCAGCGUUGAAUCGGAGGAGGAAGUUUAUGGUGGAAGGUAUUCUUUGGAUUCUUCGCCACAAGACAGUAGAAUUCCCAAUGGCGCUGCGGGGAGAUACGAGAACCAUACUCAGAGGCGACCACGGUAUGCAAGUGAUUACACAUUUUCUGAUGUAAGUUCGUCUAGAGAAACACUGGUUGGAAGACAUGGAAUGACAAGGGUUCCGGCGAUGAGGGGUGCUGCUAAUGUAAGGCAGAGCGGUUUCACGGAGGAUGAAUCGUCAGAUUCGGCGGCCAGCUCAGAAUUCUCUACCACACAAGUAGGAAGUAUCAAUGGCACUCUUCCACAAAGCAGGGCUUAUGUGUCAGCAGGGUAUGCUUCUAGUGUACCUUCAAGAAUGAAUCCUCAAAGUUCUGCAGAAAAGAACGGAAGAUUAUCUGAUGACGAAGACGAAGACGUUCCAAGUGCACCCCCGUUUUGUGGUUCUACUCCAGAAAUAAGACAAACUACUGAGGAAAUUCCCACUUCUCGUGCGCACAGUACUCAAAAUAAAGCAGAAUCAAGUACUGUGAAGUCUGUAUCUAAGGAUAUCAAGUUAGAGAACAAUGGAUGUGCAAGCUCCGAACAAUUUGUUAGAACGGCUACUGGUUCAGAGGGUGCUGCAUCUUCGAAUCCACAACCACCUCGCCUUCCAACAUUCCAUGCAAGUGCUCUUGGGCCAUGGCAUGCAGUAAUUGCAUAUGACGCUUGUGCUCGUCUUUGCCUUCAUGCUUGGGCAAUGCAGUGCAUGGAAGCUCCUAUGUUUUUGGAAAAUGAAUGUGCUAUACUAAGGGAUGCAUUUGGAUUGCGACAAGUACUACUUCAGCCUGAAGAAGAACUAAUGGUGAAAUGCAAUGCUGAGCUUUCGAGUGAGGGUGUUGCUCCUAAACCGAAAAAACUUAUUGGCAAGAUGAAAGUACAAGUACGAAAAGUCAAAAUGGGCCUCGACCCUCCUACCGGAUGUAGCAUGUCAUCGAUAAUGACAGACAAAAUUAAAAUGGAAUCUGUGAGACACCACUUCUCCAAUUUACAGUCAAAACUAUCUUCUGGAUGGCGUGCUCUUAGGAAAAUUCGAUUUGUACCGCAUUUGCCUGCAAAUGGUUCCCUGACACAACAAAGCUUGGCGUAUGUGCAUGCUAGCACCCGCUAUUUACAGCAGGUCUCUGGACUCCUUAAAGUUGGUGUAACAACUUUGCGGAACAGUUCAUCCUCCUAUGAAGUUGUGCAAGAGACAUUCUCAUGUUUUUUAAGACUGAAAAGCUCGGUUGAAGAAGAUGCCAUUAGGUUGCAUCCUGGAUCUAGUGAAGUCCAUAUGUUUUUUCCAGAUAGUCUUGGAGAUGAUUUGCUUGUUGAAGUUCAAGAUUCCAAGGGAAAGCAUUUUGGCCGUGUUCUUGUCCAAGUGGCUGCUAUAGCUGAUAAUCCGACUGACAAAUUACGCUGGUGGCCGAUUUACCGUGAGCCAGACCACGAGCUUGUCGGCAAGAUACAACUGUACGUAAUCUAUGCAACAAGUGCCGAUGAUAAUAGUCAUCUUAAGUGUGGCUCCGUAGCAGAGACAGUUGCAUAUGACUUGGUUUUAGAGGUUGCAAUGAAAGUUCAGGGCUUUCAACAAAGGAACCUAUUAUUAAAUGGUCCAUGGAAAUGGCUCUUGACAGAGUUUGCUUCAUAUUAUGGAGUAUCAGAGAUAUAUACCAAGCUGAGAUAUCUAUCGUAUGUCAUGGAUGUAGCUACACCGACAGCAGACUGCCUUAACUUGGUGUAUAAUCUGCUAGCACCUGUUAUCAUGAAGGGAAAUAGCAAGACUUCUUUGAGCCACCAAGAGAACCGACUACUAGGAGAGACCAAGGAUGAAAUUGAACAGAUACUCACUCUUACUUUUGAGAAUUACAAGUCACUUGAUGAGUCAUCUUUCUCUGGUAUCGUUGAGGUUUUCAGACCAGCAUCUGGUCAUGCAGCGCCUGCCUUGGAACCUGCUGUUAAACUUUACAAGCUUCUUCAUGACAUCUUAUCUCCCGAGGCACAAAAUUCUUUCUGUCAUUAUUUCCAGGUUGCAGCAAAAAAGAGGGCUAUAAGGAACCUGUCUGAUACAGAUGAAUACAUUACACCGAAUAAUGAAGUCUGUUUGAUGGAUAGUAUGACUACGUCUACUGCUUACCAGAAGAUGAAAACUCUAUGCAUAAAUCUUAGGAAUGAGAUCCAUACCGAUAUCCAGAUUCAUAAUAAAAAUAUACUUCCUAGCUUUGUAGACCUGCCAAAUCUUUCGGCUUCCAUAUACAGCACAGAGCUAUGCAAAAGAUUAAAAUCCUUCCUUGUAUCUUGUCCACCAUUCGGCCCGUCAUCACCAGUAGCAGACCUUGUUAUUGCUACAUCAGAUUUUCAAAGAGAUCUUGCCGGCUGGAACAUUAAUCCUGUCAAAGGUGGAGUGGAUGCAAAAGAGUUGUUCCAUUUGUAUAUUCUUGUAUGGAUCCAAGAUAAACGCCAAACUUUGCUCGAUACGUGCAGAUUAGAUAAGGUGAAAUGGUCUGGGGUUAGAACUCAACAUUUGACUACUCCCUUUGUUGAUGACAUGUAUGAGCGGCUGAAGGAGACAUUGACAGACUAUGAGGUCAUUAUUUGCCGCUGGCCGGAAUAUUCUUUGGUUCUUGAAAAUGCAAUAGCUGAUAUUGAAAAGGCCAUUGUGGAAGCUUUAGAUAAACAAUAUGCAGAUGUAUUAGCUCCUCUUAAAGAAAGCAUGACUCCUAAGAAAUUUGGGCUUAAAUAUGUUCAGAAACUUGCCAAACGGUCUACAUGCGCUUAUUCGGUUCCUGACGAGCUUGGAGUUCUUUUGAAUUCCAUGAAAAGAAUGCUUGACGUCUUACGUCCGAGGAUUGAAUCACAGUUCAAGUCAUGGGGUUCUUGCUUGCCAAAUGCUGGAAACACGCCUCCUGGGGAGAGACUUAGCGAAGUUACAGUCAUGCUUAGAGCAAAGUUCAGGAACUACCUGCAGGCUAUCGUGGAGAAACUCUUGGAGAAUACGAAGUUACAGAAUGCUACAAAGUUAAAAAAGAUUCUUCAAGAUUCCAAAGAAACUGUUGUAGAGUCUGAUUUGAAAAGUAGAAUGCAGCCACUGAAAGAGCAGUUAGCGAGUACUAUAAGUCACCUUCACAGUGUCUUUGAAACUCAUGUUUUCAUUUCCAUCUGUCGAGGUUAUUGGGAUCGAAUGGGACAAGAAAUUUUGAGUUUCUUGGAGAACAGAAAAGAGAAUAAAUCAUGGUACAAGGGUUCAAGGGUGGCUGUUUCUGUUCUAGAUGAUACAUUUGCCUCACAGAUGCAACAACUUCUAGGAAAUGCAUUACAUGAGAAAGACCUAGAAGCACCUAGAUGCAUCAUGGAGGUUCGUUCUAUGCUAUGUAAAGAUGCACCAAAUCACAAGGACAACAGUUUUUACUAUUAGGCCAAUAAUAUACAUGUAAAUAAUAUGAUAUGAUAUGAUGAGGAGAGGAUCAUUAUUAUGGGGUUAAAAUUGAUAACAAUCAAUCAAAUGGGUUGCACCAAUUUUUGUAGCAAGAGUAAGUAACUCAACUGCUCCUAGGAACAGAUGCUCUUUACUAAAUGAGAAAUAGUGCCUUUUUUCUACACAUAUACACAUUCAAUUAGUAUUCAUUGUAUGUACAUUAGUAGUAGUAAUAUAUAGUUUUACUAGCUAUUUUUACAUUA